CAUCACAGUGGGCCCCACAGUCAGAGAUCCACCCACGUCGGGGAAUCCGAGGAAUGGGAUCCACCGAAGCCGUGCCCGCUGAACCCCUUCGAUCAAAAACCUCACCGAAACCCUUCUAUCCUCACCCUUCAUCUCAUCUUCCUGGAAUCUCCCCCUUCUCACAAGAAAAACCAUCACCCUCUUCAUUCUCCGGCGCGCACGUUAGCUAGACUUCCCUCCCUGGCAACCGCAGGAAAUGAUGGCACAUCUGGUUGUUUCCAGAAAGAAGGAGAUUUGCCUGAAAAUGUUGCAAUUGGCAAUGGUUGAUUUAGUCACCAUGAAAUGCUUGAGAUGCGUGGUUACUUCAUCUUCUUCCAUGUCUUCUAAAAUCAGUUAUCCAUUGGAAGACACUGGUCAAUUGCGUAGAUUAGACCACAAGGACUGGUUGGCACCAAAUGAAGUUUUAAAAAUCUUCAAAACUUUGAAGGACCCUGAAUUGAUUAUCAGUGUCUUCAAAAAGGUCUCUGAGCGCAAGGACUAUAAGCCCAAUGAGGCUCUUUAUAGCUUAAUGAUUGAAAAGCUUGCUCGCGCACGAAACUUCGAUGCUAUUGAAGAAAUCUUAGGGAGGAUAAAAAGCGAAAACUGCAGGAUUUCUGAGGAGUUCUUCUAUAGAUUGAUCAAACUUUAUGGCAAUGUUGCAAGCAAUCCCGAACAAGCGAUUAAGACACUCUUCAGAAUGCCAGAUUUCCAUUGUUGGCCGACAAUCAAGACAUUCAACUUCAUACUCAAUAUGCUUGUCAAUGCUAAACAGUUUGAUGUCAUCCAUGAGGUAUAUUUGAGUGCUCCUCGUUUGGGCAUUACUGUCGAUGCCUGUUGUUUUAACAUUCUCAUCAAAGGUUUAUGCCAAUGUGACAAGUUGGAUGCUGCGUUUGCAUUACUCUCUGAAUUUCCGAAACAGGGUUGCAAGCCAAACACAAAGACAUAUUCGACUCUGAUGCAUUCUCUCUGUAAACAUGACAGAGUGAGUGAAGCAUUCGAGCUUCUGGAGAGAAUGGAGAAAAAAGGUUGCCAUCCCGAUACAAUAACAUUCAAUAUUCUGAUUUCGGGGCUUUGUAAACAAAGGAAAGUAGCUGAGGGGUUGGAACUUCUGCAUAAAAUGAAGCUAAAGGGUUGCAAGCCGAAUUCAGGAUCUUAUCAAACGCUUCUGUACGGUUUACUUAGUUCUGGGGAUUUUGUCAAGGCUAAGCAUUUCGUCAGUCAGAUGCUUUCAGAGGGUUUGAAAAGCACAGAGUGCUGUUGGGGGACUGUUGCCAUUCAAUUUCCUUCUAUCACAUUCUAAGAACCUCAACUUGCUAGGAGUAAGAAGAACCCUAUACGAAAACCAUUUUACUGGCCUGUGGAAGGAGGUAAUUGAUCCAAGAAGGGAUUAUAAGGAGAUUGUUGCUGAUGGAGGACCAAGGAGGCUGAUCUUCUUGAGAAGCCUGUCUGGAUGGAGGAAAUCAAGGCUGUGGUGAUGGAUCUUGGGAGGGAUAAAGCUCCAAGGCCAAACGGGGCCUUGGCCUUCUUCCAGAUUUUUUGGAAGAUGAUCUAGUU